UAUUAGAAGAUAAUUAUUAUUUAUCUUAUACUACUCUCUUAGAAAUUAGAUACCAAUCUUUGUUGAUGAUUAUGGAAGACCUUUUUUCCUGGACUACAGGGGGCGUUGGAUUGUACUAGUUGGGCUUUAGUUACACGAAUCAACAUUCAUAUGGAUCAGUUAUAGCCUAUAGGACAAGAUGCCCUGUCCAAGGGGUUGAAGCUGGGCCCAAGCAGUUAAAGUGUAGGUCCAAUAUGACGCAAGCUAGGCCCAAGAUCGGUGCUGCUGGUCUAGGCCCAUCGGAGGAAAGGAUACAUAUACGCAUAUAAACCCUAGCCAUUAUAAUCGAGAAGCUUAGGGUUUGCAUCUUUGCAGAGUGUUAGGCAGCGGCUGCUGUAGCAGAAGCCAGAAGGAGCGAGAGAGCGCAGGACAACCUUCGUCGCCGUCACCAUGGGUCGUAUGCACAGUCGAGGUAAGGGUAUUUCUGCUUCUGCUCUGCCAUACAAAAGAACACCGCCGAGUUGGCUCAAGAUCUCUUCUCAGGAUGUCGAGGAGAACAUCUGCAAGUUCGCCAAGAAGGGUCUGACACCUUCCCAGAUUGGCGUCAUUCUUCGUGACUCUCAUGGUAUUGCUCAGGUCAGGAGUGUGACUGGCAGCAAGAUCCUUCGUAUUCUCAAGGCAAAUGGGCUUGCCCCUGAAAUCCCUGAGGAUCUUUACCACCUCAUCAAGAAGGCUGUUGCCAUCAGGAAGCAUUUGGAGAGGAACAGGAAGGACAAGGACUCCAAGUUCCGCCUGAUUCUUGUCGAGAGCAGAAUUCACAGGCUUGCCCGUUACUACAAGAAGACAAAGAAGCUCCCCCCAGUCUGGAAAUACGAGUCAACCACUGCCAGCACUCUCGUGGCUUAGGCAAUCCAUGUUUGCUCUUGAAGUUUUGCUGAAGGGGUGCUUUCUCGUCGAGUCUUCUUCGAUCAGGGGAAGGGAAGAGUAAUCUUGAGAGCCAUGAACUCCUUUUUUGGGUUUGAUGUUAGAUUGGAUUUAAUUUGUCUUUUCGGUUGAAUGUACCUUUGUUCUCCGAAGUUUUAGAAAACAAAUUAUUAUCCAAAGCGGUUGUUACUUUUUAAUCAUGUGGAGUUGUAGAACCAAUUUGAGGUCUGCAUUUCUUGUUAAAUUGCUUGUGUGCUUUCGCAUAUUAUGCAGUCUCUCUGAGACUCUGACCUUGCUCUGGCCAAUAACUCUCGACUGCUCUUCUCUUCGUGGCUGAUUCGCUUACUUCAUUGUUGUCUCUUGUUGAUCUGUUUAACACAUUGUUUCGAGUUGAUAAAUGAAGAACUUGGUGAGGUUUACUCACCAACGGAUCGAUCAACUUUCAGUUGUUGAUAUGCAAACUUGUUGUAGAUCAUGGUUCUUCUCUACCAUUGUUCAAUGCUCUUUCUUCUCCACAUUGGCAAUACUACGAGUGAUCGUGUUUUCAACUUCCAACAUCAAUGGAGGCGGUGAACUUCUUGUACAACACGUGAAUAACUCAGAACCAUUUAAUUUCUUCUGGUGCUAACGUCUAGGAGGAUGUAAAUGUCAAUGGAGCGGUAAAUUGGUUGUCCAGUGAGUGAAUAUCUCAAACCUUUCAAUACUUCUUGGUGCUUGUCUUGGAGGACUUUCAAACACUCAUUGCCUUCUAUUUCGGUUCACGUCAUUAGUCUACCGCGAUCUGACUUCUUAGGAAUACGUUGUUUAAGGUCAACGAGAUUACCCCUCGUUGUUGAGGCGCACCAGUGAUUGUUCACAAUCCUUGGCUAAGGAUGUUCUUGUAGACUGUAGUGCUUUCUUAGUAGUGUGGCUUGUUUGAAUGAAUAACUCUUAGCGCUAAAGAGACGAGACCUGGAGCUGCUCUUACAAAGAGUGUGCCUAAUAUACUAUUGGGCCUUCGUAGGCCCAUUAUCUCUUGCCGACUGGCGCCUCCUGAGCUGGAAAUCGGAGGGGAUAAGAUCAGGUGACUAGGGGGUCCCCUUAGUCACAUGACUAAGCCAAUCUCAGCCAUCCAGCCUCAUUAAAAUCUGAUGGUUCUAAUUUAUCUAGUUUAAUGAAGGACAAGAUUGUAA